CUCACAUCCGUCAGUUUUAUUUAGCUAGUCGGAAUAAAACACGUCAGUCUUUUGAUAAUUUAUUAAUUAAAACCUGCAUGGAUUAUCACCGUAUAUUGUUAAAAAGCUCAUUAAGACGGUAGCGUUUGGAGCCAAAUAAAAUCCGCGUGCAAUAGUUUGUAAGCCAAAAUCGGAUAUAACUACGAUGAUAAGAUCUGGAAUAGUAUUACUCGCCACCUUUAUCAAUUUAAUACUGCUUACUUCCGUCUAUUGUACGGUCAAACCACCCGUUAUAAGCCCCGGUAUAAUAAGUCAGUCGAAAUCGCUCGGCGAGUGCCAAUCUUGUAAGUUAUUCAUAGAAUCGUUUCAAAAAGGCCUUGAAAGGACAGCAAGAGGGAAGUAUGAAGGUGGUGAUGCCGCGUGGGAAGAGGAGAAGCUAAAAAAAUCGUAUAAGCGUAGUGAAAUGCGCCUCGUAGAUAUUCAAGACGGCAUAUGUAAAGAGGAGUCGAAACAUUCAGUUCAAUGCCAUCACGUAGCUGAAAAGGCCGAAGAGUUCAUCGAAGAGUGGUGGGCGCAGAACCCAGACGAAUCUGACGAUCUAUACACGUAUGUUUGUAUAGAUAAAUUAAAAUUGUGCUGUCCGAAGCACCAUUUCGGUAAAGACUGUUCACCAUGUCCCGGUGAUCACGAGAAGUUAUGCAGCGGGAACGGAAAGUGUAGAGGUGACAGUACUCGGAAGGGUAAUGGAACUUGUCUAUGUGAUAUAGGGUAUGCAGGCGACAACUGUGAUGCCUGCUCUACAGGUUAUUAUUUAGCAUAUAAGGACGAUAAUAAAAUGCUAUGUUCCAAGUGCCAUAGAUCAUGUAUGGGGGGCUGUAGAGCUGGUACUCCAAAAGACUGUGUGGCGUGUAAACACGGGUACAUUUUUGACUCGGAGGAAGGUUGUUUGGAUGUCAAUGAGUGCGAUGAUUUGAACAAGUGCAACGCAGACCAGUUCUGUCAGAAUACACUGGGAUCAUACGAGUGUGUAGCCUGUGACAAGUCAUGUGUUGGUUGCUAUGGCGAUGGGCCUGAUAUGUGCAGGAAGUGUGCGGCUGGGUACUCAAAGAAAGGCGAGUUAUGCAUUGCCAUGAGGGAAGACGAAGACCAAUCAGAAAUACUCACCACCACUAGGUACAUUACUUACAUCGGCCUCUUGAUUGCAACCGGCAUAUUACUUCCGAAGUCGGCGUCCCUUGGGAGCUUUGUUGGAAUCAUGGUCAUAUCUUAUAUUGUUGGUGCUGAGUAUUAUUGCAUGAUUAAUGGUCACACUGGCCUAGUCAAUAUGAAAGAUUUUGAUUUGAUGCAAUUAUUCCGCACAUAAUGUAGCAUUUUGUAUGUAUAGAUAGCUAGGCUCUUUUAUGGAACUUUUUACUUGGUUCAUUCCGCUAGUUCCACGGCUAAUGAGGUGUGUGUGAGUUGUGUUUGUUUGAAAUAUGUGUGAAUUAUGGGUUGCAAUAUUUAUGAUCAGUAAUCUUAAGAUGUAUGUAACUUUCUCGUACAUUUAAACGAAACGUACAAGGCUCGUUUCCUUUUCCUCACCCAUCCUAGUCCAUUCCUUAUUUCCAGUCGUUAAUCCUUUCCUUUUCCUUUACCCCAUAAAAGCGACAUGACUAAACCAUAGUAAUAGACAAUAGAACCUUCUUUUAACUGGCAUAGGCUAGCAUAGACUCAUCUUUCAAUCUACCGUAUGUAUGACGUCAUCAUACCAUUUUUCGUUUUAUUUUCUCUUAAAUAAGCUAUAAAUAAUAAAAUAAAAUAUUUUCCGUGGUUGUAAAAGAAAAAUGAAGAAAUGGUAUUUUUUUCAUGG